GCGAGUCGAGUCAGCUCCAAGUGGGAGGGGUCGCCUUGUUCUGACUGCCUGGUGCAUUUUUUUUUUAUUUCACACCCCCGUGCGCUUUCUCCAACACUCAAUAACUGUCCAGUUUCGGAUCAGUGACCGUAUCGUUGCAGUCAUGCCAAACAAAGGCAAGCACAAUCGCAACAAGAAGCCCAAAACGCAUGGAGACACCAAAGCAGCAGAAGACAGCAAGGGGGCAACCCCAGCAGCUGCCGCUGAGUCUCAACCAAAGUCAUCAUCCACCACUGCAGGAUCCAAAGCAUCCAGCAUGAAGCCUGCAGACUCUAAGGAUUCUACAAAACAAGCAGCUGUCAAGACAGCACAAUCAACGAAGCCAGCAGAUCCUGCAAGCAAAGCAGCAGCUGACGUGAAGCCUAAAGAAGCCGCAUCGGCAAAACAGGCUUCAACCAAGUCAGCUGCAGCCACAGAAAAGCCAGCUCCGCCAACAGGAGGCACUAGUAAGGCCAAAGGUGAUCCUGCUAAACCAGCAGGGACAGCGAAGCCAGCAGAGCAGAAGCCGGCACAGAGCACUUCCACAGCGGCUAAAGCUACGGCUACGGCUGCUGGCACGGCCACAGUUGCAGCUGCUGGUGCGGCCACAGUUGCGGCUGCUGGCACGGCCACAGUUGCGGCUGCCAAAGAAGGUGCCGAGGCUAAGAAGCAUGAAGCCGAUUCUGCACUGGAUGCCUUGGCUGGCUCGCUGACACCUCAAGAUGUGCCUGCUCCUAAAACACCGAAAUAUACUGGACCAGAAGUUAACGAGAAAAAAGUUACUUCUACAAAGGGUGUACGACUAGGAGACAGAGAUGACACUAUUCCACCAGAAUACAGAUUUAAAGAUGAUGGCCAGGUUCCACCAAAACUGACCGAAAAGAAGCCUGAGGUGCCCAAGACACCAGUUGAUGAGAAGGCGGCCAUAGAUGCUUUCCUAGAUUUUGAUGAGACUCCCUUGCCAAAGGUGGACUCUUCUGCUUCAAAUGUGCAGGCAGCUGGUCCAGAUGUAAUAACCGCCCAGUCCGCUGGCUUGAGCCACGCUGCUGCUCCUCCUGCUAAUACGAAGGCAAAAGAGGAUCAAGGGAUGUCACUGGCUGCUUUGGAUGCCCUUGGAGACUCACUUGGAGUUCCAGAUACUAAGCCUGAACCCCCUCAGCCUUUGCCUAAAGAUAUUGUAAAGGACAAACUUACAGCUACUCAUGUGGAUAAGCUAGGAGAACGGGACGACACUCUUCCACCAGGUUACCGUUUCCCCGCUGAUAAGGAUAAGAAGAAUGAUGGGGCAAAGCCUGCAGAAGGGCCAAAGACACCAGUGGACCAGAACGCAGCAAUUGAUGCUCUAGAUUUUGACUCUCCCACUGUUCAGCCUGCAGUGAGUCCCAUUCAACAGCCUGCAGGAACUCCAUCAGUGAAGUCUACAGCAGCACCCACUCAGCAAUCUGCUACCGCUCCUGACAUUAAGUCUACAGCAGCACCAACCCAGCAAUCUGCUGCCGCUCCUGCUGUGAAGUCUACAGCAGCACCAACCCAGCAAUCUGCUGCCGCUCCUGCUGUGAAGUCUACAGCAGCACCAACCCAGCAAUCUGCUGCCGCUCCUGCUGUGAAGUCUACAGCAGCACCAACCCAGCAAUCUGCUGCCGUUCCUGCUGUGAAGUCUACAGCAGCACCAACCCAGCAAUCUGCUGCCGCUCCUGCUGUGAAGUCUACAGCAGCACCAACCCAGCAAUCUGCUGCCGCUCCUGCUGUGAAGUCUACAGCAGCACCAACCCAGCAGUCUGCAGUAGCUCCUGAUGUGAAGUCUACAACAGCAGCACCGAUUCAGCAAUCUGCUGCUGCUCCUGCUGUGAAGUCUUCAGCAGCACCAACUCAACAGUCUGCAGCAGCUCCUGAUGUGAAGUCUACAGCAGCACCAACCCAGCAAUCUGCUGCGGCUCCUGCUGUGAAGACUCCAGCAGCACCAACUCUACAGUCUCCAGCAGCUCCUGCUGUCAAGUCUCCUGCAGCACCAACCCAGCAAUCUGCUGCGGCUCCUGCUGUGAAGAGUCCAGCAGCACCAACUCAACAGUCUCCAGCAGCUCCUGCUGUCAAGUCUCCUGCAGCACCCAGCCAGCAACCUGCAGCAGCUCCUACUCAGCAGUCUGCAGCACCUUCAGCUCAGAAGUCUGAAGCACCCACUCCUGAUAAGGCAAAAACUCCUGCUGGUCCCACUUCAGCACAAGGCCAACCUGCACAUCAGUCAUCCAUGGACUCUGCAAUGGAUGCCCUUUCUGGAAGUCUCCUACCUAUUGGUCCGACCCCAACAGCUAAGCCAGAGCCUGUUGUCGACAAAGUCAAGGAAAAAGCUACAUCUAAACACGUGGAUAAACUUGGGGAAAGAGAUGACACCAUUCCCCCUGAAUAUCGAUUUGAGGACAAAGAUAAAAAGGGUUCCACCCCUGCACCACAGCAACCAAAGACACCAGUUGAUCCCUCCGCUGCUAUUGAUGCCUUGGCAGGAGAUUUUGAGUUGUGUUCAGAAUCUUCAACUGUUCAGUCAUCAGCAGCUCCCACACUUCAGUCAUCAGCCGCUCCAACACUGAAGUCUGCUGCGGCACCAACACUGCAGUCAGCAGCUGGGAAGCCACCGCAAGAUUCAAAGCAGAUGUCUGCUGGUACUGAUAGUGCCCUAGAUGCUCUUUCAGGUACCCUGAUGCCUGAUAUCCCUGCUCCAGAACCAAAACCAGUGCCUCCAUCGGCUGUGGUCAAGGAAAAUAUCAAAGAAAAGCAUAUACCAAAACUUGGAGACAAUGAAAAUACAAUCCCUCCAGAAUACAGGAUGAAAUUAGAAAAGGGAUCUGAAGGAGGUAGCAAGGAAGAGGACAAGCCCAAAACCCCCAAGCAGAUUGCCAAAGAACAAAAUUCUGCCAUUGAUGCCUUAGCUGAGGGAUUUGAUUCUCAACCUCCAGAAAAGGUUGAAGAUAAGAAAGAUGCUGCUGGUUCUGCAUCAAAUUCUGCACUUUCAACAAAAUCACCUGAAAAGGAUCCAAAAGCAACAAAGACAAAAGAACAGCAAGUGGAUCCCAAGAAGACUGGCAAAAGCUAAAUACAUUGCAGGUGUUCUAGUUCCUACACCCCUACUCCCACUUCUCUUGCUACUGGAAUGGGGACAUCAGGGAGAGAGCAGUUGGAUUCUUCGGGUUUAAACUUCAUUAUCCUAAUCAUGGACUCUUGCCCACUUAAGCACAUCAAACCAAAUGUUGCCACUAACCAUUUUCGGAAAUGCUCUACUUUGAGAUCCACAUGUAGAAAACCCACCCGCUCCGUGUCUAUGAGUUUUUCCCCCCCGCACACAGGAGUAAAGGCCCACUGCUCCAUCUGUUCCUCCGCCUGUCCGCCUGCCUGGCUUUCAUGAAGCUAUAUUGCAGAUGCCAAAUACGUGAAUGCAGCAUUUUGUUCCACUGCCUCAGUCUAUUCACUUUACUUUACUGGGUUGCCUUUACCAAACUAUAUAAUAUUUAAUUGUGUUCAGGGUUAUGGGUAAUUUACUUUUUUUGUCCAGAGGAUUGUUUUGCAUGGACAUUUGGGAUGUUUAGGGCAGAACUAUACUGAUUUGUGGAUAUUCUCUUCUUCCAAGAGCAUCCCUUUUUAAAGGAGUACACAGCGGCAAUGUAUUAUCUUAAUCGAGGUUGUAAAGUAUCACGUCUAUGAGAAUAAUCUGAAAUGUUUCACCUCUGAACAGAUGGCCUUUUAUCGACUGUUACUGUUUUGAACUUGACAGCUUUUUAUGAAAUGCUUUCUAGAAUGAAUAUGCUUUUGAUUUAAGAGUAUGAAAACUCCUUUUGCAACAAGAUAAUCGUAGAAUUGGAACCUCUCUGAGCAAUAGCUUAUCAUCAUUGGUCAUUAUUAUUUGUCACAAUGUCAUUUUAUAUUUUUGGAAAGGACAAAACAACAGAUGGUUUCCUUGUGUUUACAAAUGUAUAAAGAAUGUUUGCUUUUUGCUUUUCUAGGUUGGACAGAAUAAAUGAGUCAAUUAUAUGGGGAUUAUAUAUGUUUAUGUAAUUAUAUGUAACGUAUAAUUAUAUAUAGCAUUAUUAUUUUUUUUGUUGGUUUCAGAAAAAAAUGCUGCACUACAUUGUCAUGAUUUGCAUUCUUCAAUGUUUGGCUUUGGGAACUUAAUGAGAAAAUAAAAGUAUUUUUUAAAAAGGA